AUGGAUCUGUUGAGUAAAGAUGAACUCAUAGAGAAGAUUCGACAAUUGGAGUUGGAGAAUGAUCAAUUAAAGCAACAAAAAUCUCCAGAGUUCGAAAAAAUCGAUGAUUUAUUCUCUCAAGAUGAGUAUUUGAGAUAUGGUAGACAAAUGAUUGUACCUGGGUUUGGCUCUUUAGAGUCUCAAAGGAAACUUAAGAAAGCCAAAAUAUUGGUUAUAGGGGCCGGAGGUUUAGGAUGUCCUGCUUUAUUAUAUCUUUCGGCUUCUGGAAUUGGUGAAAUCGGUAUAGUUGAUGAUGACAUAGUAGAUGUGUCAAAUCUCCAUCGUCAGGUUUUACACACCACUGAUAACGUUGGUAUGUAUAAAUGUGAUUCAGCAAAACAAUAUAUCAAUAGGUUGAAUCCCCAUGUGAAGGUAACGACGUACCAUGAGAGAUUAACUAAUGAUAAUGCCUUUAAGAUAUUCACUGAAUAUGAUCUCAUCUUGGAUUGUACUGAUGCUCCAGCUGUUAGAUAUUUGAUCAACGAUGUUGCUGUCAUUCUUGGUAAGACCGUGGUAAGUGGUUCGGGUCUUAAGACUGACGGUCAAUGGACUAUUCUUAAUUUCGAAACUAAAGGACCCUGUUAUAGAUGUUUCCAUCCCAAACCUCCUUCACCUAAUUCCGUCACUUCGUGUCAAGAUGGUGGUGUUUUGGGACCCGCUAUCGGUAUAAUAGGUCUUAAUAUGGCUAUGGAAACUCUCAAAGUCCUUAUAGGUCAUUAUCAAGAGUUUAAGCCUUUCAUGGGAGCUUAUUUUGGAUUCCAAAAUCAAUACCGUAUGUUCAAGAUGAGAAAUAGACAAAAGGAUUGUAUUGUCUGUGGAGAUAAUCCACAAAUCACCAGAGAAGUCAUUGAAAGUAAUCAAUUAGACUAUCAUGUGUUCUGUGGUAGAGCUGAGCCAUACUUAAUCGAUUCCAAAUACAGAAUAUCUGUGGAUGAUUAUCAUAAAGUUAAAGAUACCAAACAUCUUCUAAUUGACGUCAGAUCAGUCGAUCAGUUCGGAAUAACGGCAUUACCCAAUUCAAUAAACAUCCCAUGGGAUGCAAACUUCCAGAAAAGACAACUGAUAGACGAAUUCUUACCUCCCGGUUAUACAAAACAGGAUGCUUGUUAUGUGAUCUGUAGAUAUGGUAAUGAUUCUCAAAUAGCUGCAAAGACAUUGAUGGAUUUUGGCUUCAACAAUGUCAAAGAUAUAAUAGGAGGUAUGAAUAAAUGGAGUAAUAUAGAUAAAGGUAUACCGAGAUACUAA